UUCUUGUUUCUUUAAAAUCUCUUCCUGACCAUUUACAAGACAGGCAUCCAUAGGUAUGUCAAAGACAUCAAUCCAUCCACCUGUCUAACCAUGGUCCAUCUAUCUGUUCAUCCGUUCUUCUGUCUGUCCAUCCAUCCUUCCUCCAACCGUCCACUCAUUUAUACAUCCACCUACCUAGAGAGGUCAGAACUACUGGGAAGGGCCUGUGGUCCUGUGGCAUUUAUGGGGCAUGUGACCUGCCUGUUUGGCCUGGGGAGCCAGUCCCACCCCUGCCCUCGGGGAGGGGGCCGGUCUUGGAAUGUGGGAGUAUUUAUACCUGGUUGGAGACUCCCCUGAAGCUGCAGGCUAGAUGACUCCCCAAAGCCGGGAUGGUGUCCACGGCACAGAGCCCACCGACUGGGUGAUGGUGUCGCUACUCCCUCCGCAGUCUGACGUCACGCUGCCAGGCUCCACCCGACUGGAGGGCGAACCCCAAGGGGACCUCAUGCAGGCUUCGGGCCUCCCAGGCUCCCCUGCCCCACAGACCAAGCAUGGCAACUUCAGCUGUUCAUCCUUUGUGCCUGACGGCCCUCCAGAAAGGGCACCCUCACUGCCCCCCCACAGCCCAAGCACUGUGUCUCCAGGCCCAGAGCAGAUCCAGGGCCACUGCACAGCCGGACCUGCCCCGGGCCCCUUCCGCCUUUCUCCUUCAGACAAGUAUCCUGGCUUUGGCUUUGAGGAGGGCCCAGCAGGCAGCCCAGGGCGCUUCCUCAAGGGCAACCAUGUGCCUUUCCACCCCUACAAGAGGCAUUUCCACGAGGACAUCUUCCCUGAGGCCCAGACAGCCAUGGCCCUUGAUGGACACUCCUUUAAGACUCCGGGAACACUGGAAGGCUUUGAGGAGAUCCCUGUGGAUGUGGGGGAUGCCGAGGCCUUCCUGCCUGGCUUCCCGGCAGAGGCUUGGUGCAAUGGACUCCCGUACCCCAGCCAAGAACACAGCCAAGUUCUGGGGUCAGAGGUCAAGGUCAAGCCCCAAGCUCUGGACAAUGGUCCUGGGAUGUAUUGCUACCAGCCUCCCUUACAGCAUAUGUACUGUUCUUCUCAGCCAGCCUUCCAUCAGUACUCCCCAGGGGGAAGCAGCUACCCUGUGCCCUACCUGGGCUCCGCUCACUAUCCCUACCAGAGGAUCGCACCCCAGGCCAGCGGUGAUGGGCACCAACCACUCUUCCCCAAGCCCAUCUACUCCUACAGCAUCCUCAUCUUCAUGGCCCUUAAGAACAGUAAGACCGGAAGCCUUCCAGUCAGUGAGAUCUACAAUUUCAUGACAGAGCACUUCCCUUAUUUCAAGACUGCGCCUGAUGGUUGGAAGAAUUCUGUUCGCCACAACCUGUCUCUCAACAAAUGCUUCGAGAAGGUGGAAAACAAAUCUGGGAGUUCCUCUCGAAAGGGCUGUCUAUGGGCCCUUAAUCCUUCCAAAAUCGACAAGAUGCAGGAAGAGCUACAGAAAUGGAAGAGGAAAGACCCCAUCGCUGUGCGCAAAAGCAUGGCCAAACCAGAAGAGCUGGACAGCCUCAUUGGAGACAAAAGGGAGAAACUGGGCUCUCCACUGCUGGGCUGUCCACCCCCUGGGCUGGCAGGACCAGGCCCUAUCCGGCCCCUGGCAUCUUCUGCUGGUCUUUCCCAGCCUCUGCACCCAAUGCACCCAGCUCCAGGUCCUAUGCCUGGCAAGAACCCCCUGCAAGACCUACUGGGUGGUCAUGUACCCUCCUGCUACGGGCAGACCUACCCACACCUUUCUCCCAACCUGGCCCCUUCUGGCCACCAGCAGCCAUUGUUCCCACAGCCGGAUGGGCAUCUUGAGCUGCAGGCCCAACCAGGCACCCCCCAGGACUCACCCCUACCUGCCCACACACCACCCAGCCACAGUGCCAAGCUGCUGGCUGAGCCUUCCCCAGCCAGGACAGUGCACGACCCUCUACUGCCAGAUGGAGACCUUGGUACUGACCUGGAUGCCAUCAAUCCCUCUCUCACCGACUUUGACUUCCAGGGAAACUUGUGGGAGCAGCUGAAGGAUGACAGCUUGGCCCUGGACCCCCUGGUACUGGUGACCUCUUCCCCGACAUCAACCUCCAUGUUGCCACCCCCACCAGCAGCCCAUUGCUUCCCCGCAGGGCCCUGUCUGGCAGAAACAGGCAGUGAGGCAGGUGAACUGGUGCCUCCAGGCAGUGGGGACUCUGGUGCCCUAGGAGACCUGCACCUCAGCACCCUCUACUCGGCCUUUGUGGAACUGGAACCCACGCCUUCCUCAGCUGCUGCCAGCCCUGCUGUGUACCUCAGCCCGGGCUCCAAGCCAAUGGCUCUGGCUUGAGCUGAACGCAACCAUCAGCUCCAGCCUUUGCCUGGACUGAAGUCCCCGCUGGCUGCCCAUAUCGGCCUCAUCUUAGAGGUCAAAGAAGGAAAACACUACCUGUCUCCUAUGCCACUCAGCCAAU